UGCAUGCAGCUCAGAUAUAACUUGCUUUAGAACACAUGUUGCAACAUUACUAUCUUUGAUCUAUAAUUGCGAGUUGAUGACUAAUCCAUUUUACGCAAUAGGUAUGAAUCAGUUCAAAUUACUGCUUUCUGGUGAUCAAAUUUCGACGAACCACAAUUGGCUUGGUGAAGUCAGGCGUGUAGUGAACAGUCAGCCCUGCAUCAGAAUAGGUGGCCGACAUGAUGAUUUAAACGAAGUUGGUUAUGAUUCUUAUCACCACACCAUGUUCGAAAUGCUUGGACACUGGUCAUUCGGGUCAGCUGACAAGCCCACAGUCACCACUUUUGAAGCAGUUCGUGUCCGCACUUGGGAAGGGCUAAUAACAUGA